CCUCUUGAUGCUGACUGCAGCAUCAUCCUCCGGUUUGUGAGUCUUAAAGGAGGAGACAGAGAGACCCGGCAAACACAGAGAAGGAGAGAGAGUAACAGUGCUUUCUGCUCCACCAAAAGGCUGGACUGUGCAGCAGAGGGAUGAGAGGAAUGUGACUGAGAGAGAGAGAGAGAGAGAGAGAGAGAGCGAGAGAGAGAGGGUGCAGGGAUGUCAGCAAAUAGACCCAGGGGAGAAAGAGAGAGAAUGAAUAGAGAGAGAGAGAGGGCAUGGUCGAGCGGAGAGAGAACUAUACUUAGACAGCAAUAAAGAUAGUCAGCCUCAGCCAACGCUGCACUAAAGUGCCAGCAUGGAGGGGGACACACUGGAUCUCUGAGCGGCAGCAUGGGAUUGAAUCCAAUUUUAAAAUCUGGUCCGACAACGAAACACCUUUUCAGUCCAACUGGUCCAGGAAGAGAAUCGAACCGGUCUUGGAUGGAUCUGCUUCAUAAAUCACGAGGGAAGCACAAAAUAUAAGCGACAAGAAAACUACCUACUUCUUCAGAGAAGCGAGUGAUUGGCUGGUCUGACACAGAAACAGUUCAGCUUUGAAGAGGACCGGUUUAAAUCUAAGAGGUCUCACAGCUAAUACAACAAUCAGGGUUGUCCUGGGAGUAACGGUCUGGACGUGAGGAUGCUACGGAAGCCGCAGAAUUCCUCAUCGGUCACUUUGAACUGGACUGAAUGAAAAGUGGACGAGCACGAGAAGAGGUCGAGAUUUGUUAAGAUUUUCCUGGUGAUCCCAAAAGAUGUAGACCAAAAGAUGAGGACUAGCCCGAGGAAACAUUGGAGAAAACUGGAUGAAAUAUGAUGAGUUUGGUCUUGUCCAAUCAGAGCUUUUCCUUGUUUUGGACUGGAUCGUCAUGGCUUGACCACGAAGCUCUGAGACGCAUGAAUCAUGAUCUAAUGAGCUGCCCAAAGGGAGAUACACAUGAAUGAUGAAGCUGAAUCUGUGGAGGAUCCAAGGAUUACAAAUUUGUGCGUUUAAGACUUGGGGACUUGCCUUCAGAGGGUUGAUUGUGAGACUUGAGUGGUAGACGUGCGUGUGUUUCUUUACCCUCGGCUGUAACUUCUGCCGUGAUGCACGAGGCAGGGAUCUGGACGAGGUGAUCGGAUAUCUCGCCCGUGGGUUCAGCAGCCCUGUAACCCCACUCAGAGGUUUUUGUUAGUGUGCGUUCGCAUGCACAGACGGUUCAUGUGCGUACGGAUGUUGAGGUGCUAUGCUGAGGGUGUCGGGUGUUGCUCCAGCUCCGUCGGGCCACGAGUGGCGUUUUCAGUGCUCUGUCGGGGUGGACUGUAGCGACGCUGAACCUCGCUGUAUCUGGCUGGCAGUUUUAAGGGGGAUCUCACCUCGUGCCUCACCUCGGCCGACCCCCAUAGCUUCACCAAGGAGACGGGGCUCCCGGAGGAUCAUACAGCGCCAUCGCUUAACCUGGGCUAAAGGGCGGAGAGAUGGCAUGGUGGCAUCCAAUGAAAUCAGGCGUCGUCCGCUGUCGUCGGGUGAGGUGGAGGGCGUGUCGUGGCAGGGCCCGCGCACCAUCUUUGUCCAGAAGAACUUGCAGGGAUUUGGCUUCACUCUGCGUCACUUCAUCGUCUACCCACCAGAGUCGUCGCUCCACAGCCUCAAGGAUGAAGAGAAUGGAAAUGCGACUGGAAAAGCAGGUUGUCAGCAGGCUCGUUUGGAGCCGAUGGACACCAUCUUUGUUAAGAGUGUCAAAGACAGUGGGCCCGCCCAAGAAGCUGGGCUGCGUACAGGGGACAGAUUGGUGAAGGUGAACGGGGAGAGCAUCCUAGGUAAAACCUACUCUCAAGUGAUCGCGCUCAUCCAGAACAGUGAAAACAUUCUGGAGCUUUCCAUUAUGCCAAAAGACGAGGAUGUGUUGCAGUUGGUAAGUGCGUACUCCCAGGAUGCCUACCUUAAAGGCAAUGAGCCAUAUUCAGGUGUGGCCCAGAACCUCCCCGAGCCCCCACCUCUCUGUUACCCCACCACAAAGACCAGCCCCGCUGCGCCCCCGCCCAGCGACGGCCUACACACUCCCCUGGACAAUUGGCAGUGCCGACCCGGCCCCACCACAUCCCCGCUGGACAACCGGCCCCCUAAUGUUUCUCCCCCCACCUCCGGCUGGUCCGGGGGUCCCGAGGAUUCCAGUGCUUACUUUGCUCCGUCGGGUCGGCACCGCGUCCGCUCCUCCUCGGCCAUCAGUGCGCUGGACUUUCACUUCGCUAACCACAACGCUGCAAUCGCCUCUGCAACCCUGCCUGCGCCACGGAAGAGCAGCAUGCCGGCAUCUUCCCGCACUCGAGCUGAUGCCCUCUGUCACCAGGCUCUGUCGGACUGGUACUACAGCCAGGCUGAGGCUGCCGAGUCUAUGUCUCCUCGCCAUCGCAGUAUAUCUCAGGACCGUUUGGCAGAACUAGGGCUGGGUUUGGCUCUCGGCCCCGGACCUGCACCUGCUCCCACGAUCUCUGCUGAGCAACGCAGAAGAGAAACCCUCCUGUACCACCACCAGACGGCCGCUGCUUCCCAUGAUUCAUAUUGGUUAGGGGGCUGGGGUGGGGUAUCAGGACCAGGCAGCAGGUCGUGCUCUGAGAACCUGCUGGCAGCAUACGCUGAGUACGAGCAUAACUACGGGCGCUCUGUGGAAACACUCGCACAAGCCUCUGCUCUGGUCUCAUCACGCUACGAUCACUCCUCACAAGGAUCCCAAACCGAAAAAUUCAAUGAGCAGAAAGACCAGAGAGUCCCAGCAGGGCAUCAGCACCAAACCGCAGUGACGAGCCCCAUCACAGCCGCCUCCACCGCAUCUCCUAGUGGCAGACAGCCAGGUCAACAGGUGGCUGAACCCCAAACCAGAAGAGUAAAAGGUGAAGAGUUGGUGGGCUACCAAAGCUACAGCCCUUCUUUCUCACGUAAAGCCGGCCACCUCCUCCAGCAGGCUCACUCCUUCAGAGAGCCCGGCUACAGCGGGCCCCACCUCAACUGGAGCCCUGGCAGCAGAAAUGAUGGUGGGAUGGUACCCAGGCCUCAGUCGACCCCCGCCCUGUCUGCGUCAGAGGAGGAGAGAGCCCGACUCGGUGAGGACAGGGAGGUCAUCUCCCCCAUCUCCCUCAAUCAAGAGGUGGUGUUGAGGCAGAAGCCGCCGUCAGGCCGUCGUACCCCGGUUCAGGCCCUCCGACAUCCUCACUAUGCCUCACCUGUGGAGUCACCUGAGCCCCCUGCUUUGAUACCCUCACCAGGGACGCCCUCUCCAGUCUCUGGGCCCGGCCCCAACCGUAGGGCUAAUGGUAGCCUGGCACAGCAUGCAUUCAACUCCCUGUCCUCUAUUCCCUUCAUAGAUGAACCCGCCAAUCCUAGCAUUGACCCUCAGGCCUGCUAUGUGCCAGCCUGCUCUGUGGUGUCCAGUUCCCAGGCCUCCAUCCUCACUACCACCUCUGUCUCCCCCACCCUCACAUCCAUCACUCCCAUUGUUCGACUUCGUUCUCAGGACUGCAGAAGUAUUAAAGGCCGUCGCUCCUCGUACCUGCUGGCCAUCACAACAGAGAGAUCCAAGUCCUGUGACGAGGGUCUGAACAACUUCAAAGAAGAAAACAGAGUCUUCUCUAAACUACCAAAAAGAGUCAAGAGCUUUUUCACUGAUGGGUCUCUGGAGAGCCUGCGAGCCCAGGAGGAGGCGCGGUCAAAGCGUCACUCCACCUCUGAGCUGGGAACCAUCACCUUCAGUGACGUUCGUAAGGAGGGCUGGCUGCACUACAAACAGAUCCUCACGGAGAAGGGGAAGAAAGUAGGAGGUGGCAUGCGGCCGUGGAAGCGCGUCUUCUCCGUGCUGCGUUCCCAUUCCCUCUUCCUCUACAAGGACAAGCGGGAGGCCGUUCUUCACGGUGCGGGGGCGGGGCCAGGUCAGGACGAGCAUCCUCCAAUCAGCAUCCGGGGCUGCCUAAUCGACAUCGCCUACAGUGAAACCAAACGUAAGAACACGCUCAGGCUGACCACGCAGGACUUCUGCGAGUACCUGCUGCAGGCCGAGGACCGGGAAGACAUGCUGGUGUGGAUCAGGGUCAUCCGGGAGAACAGCAAGACCGACAACGAGGAGAUCGGUUUCUCAAGACAAGCCCUCAUCAACAAGAAGAUGAACGACUACAGGAAACACAGUCUGACAGGUAGUAAGCCCGACUCCUCUCCCAGAGCUCAUCGUAUGAUGCCUCCCUUCCUACUGGCAAAGACUGACAACACCUCAGUGAACCGAACCUCCAGAACGGAUGACAACAAAGCUCUGUGGGGCAUCAACAUCAUGAAGAAGGCGAAGAAGACGGGCAGUCCGAAGGCUUUUGGCGUGCGACUAGAGGACUGUCAGCCAGCUGUCAAUCAUAAAUUUGUCCCUCUGAUCGUGGAGAUGUGCUGUGGUGUGGUGGAGACCACAGGUUUGGAUUACACCGGUAUCUACCGGGUGCCGGGGAACAACGCCAUGGUGUCCAACCUGCAGGAGCAUCUCAACAAAGGCCUGGACAUCAACACUGCUGAGGAGAGAUGGCAGGACCUGAAUGUGAUCAGCAGCCUGCUCAAAUCCUUCUUCCGAAAACUUCCCGAGCCGCUGUUUACUGACGACAAAUACAAUGACUUCAUUGAUGCCAACCGGAUAGAGGACGCAGAGGAUCGACUGAAGACCAUGAAGAAACUGAUCCAUGACCUCCCUGAUCACUAUUAUCACACCAUGAAGUUCCUGGUGGGGCACUUAAAGAGGGUGGCAGAUAAUGCAGAGAAGAACAAGAUGGAGCCCAGAAACCUGGCUCUGGUGUUUGGUCCCACUCUGGUCAGGACAUCAGAGGACAACAUGACCGACAUGGUCACACACAUGCCCGACCGCUACAAAAUAGUGGAGACACUGAUCCUGCAUCACGACUGGUUCUUCAGUAACAGAGACUUUGAUAAAGAGGAGAAGGCCCCGGAGGAUAAGCGGGACAUGCAGCCUGUACCCAAUAUUGACCAUCUGCUGUCCAACAUUGGAAGGCCGGGUAUGCCAGGAGAGGCUUCAGAUUCCACCACCAGCGAUUCUCUUAAGUCAAAGCUUUCAUCAGGCUCCAAGAAAGACCUGAAUGCCAGGGACUUCCUGCCAAUGUCCCUCAUCUCUGCUGUGACCCGCAAGCGAAAAAAAUGCCUCAGUACCCACCUGCAGGGCAGCAGCACUGACGAGGACUCCGAGCACGAGCCAGUCAAAGCCAGCAACUAUGGGGCUGGAGAAGGAGGGGGAGGGGAGGAGGAGCAGGAGAGAGGAGAGGAAGAGGCAGAGAAGGAAGAACUUUUAAUUCUUAAAAAAGAAAAACAUGAGGGAAAGGAAAAUGGGGUGAAAGCUGAAGAGACCACAGAGGGAAAAGAUUCAUUGGUGGGAGAAGAAGUAGCUGAAAAGGAUCUUAGGAACAGAAAAGGAAAGAGAGAACAAAGUUUUACCUGCUUGUACCAACAGACCCAUGCCUCAUAUCCAAGACCCCCACCAGCGACUAAUCCUCCUUCCCAGUUGAGACCUCAUAAUUUAGUCAGAGGACGUCCCACUGUUCCCUUCUGGAUCUGCCCCAACAGGCUUCCCACCCUCUACCAGGCACCCAGCUUUCAUGGGACCCAACAUCCAGACUGGAACCAGUCAGCACCUGUCCGCUAUAGGAAGACCAGAGGGGGGAGAACAAGGGCUGUGUCCAUGAAUCUUGAUGUUGAGUUUGGCAGGGGAGACGACAUAGUCAGAGGAUGGAGGGCAGACAGGGUGGAGGUAAUUCGAGUCAUUGAUGAAACAUCAGGUCAGCAUGGACGUGAUGGGGUUCCUCAGGGAUCAUAUUUGGGUCCUCGGUCGAUUCAACAAAUAGAUCCCCUCCCUCGUCUGCAGAAGGAGGCUCCCCCUUUCUCCUCCUCGUCAGGGUUGAUAGAUCAAAGCCCUGCAGGACCCUCCACUGUGGUUCUGAGGAGAUCCCUGGACCCAAGAGACAAGACGAGAGCGUGGCGCCGUCACACCGUCGUAGUUUAACCCGACUGUUGCAUCUACUAAUGCAGAACCAAGUACUCACCCUUUACUCACACACACUGAAUCGCCUCUGUCUCUGCUUCUGAAGCCACGGUUCAUAUUGCUUCAGAGAUCCCAGUUGGCUGAGGCCUUUUCCUCAUUGCUUUUCAUUGGCACUAAAGUUAAAAAUGUGUUCUUGUUGUUAAAGAAUUGUGCAGAGGGGCGUGUCCAGACUUGAUUGACUGUUCUGAUUUAUGCAGAGGUUGCAUGAAGUAGUAUUGCGCACACAAAUCAAAGAAUAGCAUUUAUUUUCUGCCUCUGCCUCCACUGAACAGAUUUACCUUUCAUAUACAGAUAUCGUAUCCCUAUGUUUAAUACUUUUUUAACGUCAAUCUUACAAGCUUCAGUUUUUUUAAAAGCUUAGCAACUUUGGAAUAGAUGUCUCAAUUUAGUCCUUCCUUAAUGUGCCAACCGAUUACAGCCGUUUUUAGGACUGAUCUCCAUUCUGAUAUGCACACUAAAGAUGAUUCUUUGAUGUAUUUAGAACCAGAGUAUUGUUUUUGGUUUUGAAGAUCUGUUGGUUCUCCUCACUCCUGCGAAGACAGUUUGUGAUUAUGCCUCAAGAAACAGCGUCCCUGAGUAGAUGGGGCCGUCAUCCCCCACAUGGUGGCAGUGCUAACAGUUAGAGAGAAAGGAUUUCAUGUGAAAAAAAACAUCUACAGUAUGAAACAUGUUUGAGCCUCUGAGUGAAUCAUAUACAAGGUGAAGGACGCGUCGUCCCGUCAGUGUGAAUACAGGGGUGUUAACAACAAACCCGGAGGGAGUUUGACGUCACUCUUUUUACAAAGGCAUUACUCAAUUACAUAGUUAAAAGGGAUGUUUUUGAUAUUUGCUAUAUUAAUGAUUAAAAUUACACAUUUAUACCUUUAAGGAAUCAAAAAGAAAUUAGAAUUAAAACAUUUAAAUUAAGGACCAAAAAAUUAUGUGUAGCAUUGAAUUGCAAUUAUAGCCAUUAGCAGUCUGACGCAGCAUAGUUUAAAUAGUUGAUUGAACUUAAGCCCCGCCUCUGAUUAGGCAAUUAGAUAAUCAAGGUGUAGGGUUUUUUGGGUUGGCACCAGGAGUGGCCAAUCAGAUUUGCAGGUGGGACCAUUGCCAUGGCUGGCCAACCUUCUGGACACGCCCCUGAUUGUGCGCACAUGAAGAGAUUUAUUCCAAAACUGAAAACAAAUACAUCAAUCUGUUCUUAGAAAAUUACUGCAAAUGUUAUUUUACAUGUUUUCAUACUACCACUAGGUGGUGACAAAGUAAGGUAUUUUCUAAUUCUAAAAGGAAGCUUUAACACAUAUUUCUUAAACGAUGUUUUGGAAUGAAUCUCUUCAACAAAAGGUUAUAAUAAAAAUUCAUUUAAAUGCCAUAUUAGACAUCACCUCCAGAGCCCAGCAGCUGCUUUCACAAUUAACCAUCACCAGCAAAGACUUCAGCAGUCGUGCCGCCAUGUGAUUUUUUAUUUUUGAAUCCAAACUGACUGACUUUGCUGUACAAAUGCUGGUGUCUUCCCCCACUGGUUUUUACCAAUGAUGUCUUUAACAAAACCCAUGUGGGCACACUUACCUACCAGCCUGAGUACAGCACAGAAAACCUCUCAGCCCUUUACAAGCUCUUCCAAAGCCUCCCGUGGAUCUACAGGGAACGUCAAAGAUCUGCAGGAGCAAAGCAACUCACUCCCUCUCCGGACGAUGUCACUCGGGCGUUAUGCCAAAGCUUCUGUGGACUAAAAAACUGCAUGCAUGGGGUCGGUGACAUAUAAAGAUAUGCAAACCCUAAGUGUUUAACACAAGCCUAUCAUGCUUCCCCUAUGUGUGUGUGUUUGUGUGUGUGAGGGCGUGUGUAUGUUUGAGGAGGAGGGUCAGACUUUUGAGGAUACUAACACUGUUUUUAUCAGAAAGUUUUUAAAGGCAGCUAUGUUAAGUCAUGCCAAAUAAUUUUUUUUCUAUUUGGGUAUAUGUACAUUAUCAGCAGUAUGGAGCCAAAAGACGACCGUGUGCUGCGUUCCUACACAGUCCGGUAUUGACUCUACUCCACUCUGCUUGCUUGGAACUGACACUUCUACUUUCUCGAAGUUUUCCACUAGGGUGUCAGUAAACUAGAAUUUACACACCAGCUCCCCGCCCAGAAACGCCCAGAGUCGACCAAAACAAACCAAAACAUUCAAAUCCAGUCAGAGGACAGAGUCUCUGCAGACACAGUCACCACCACACAUUUAUGGAGGCCCAGAAGGGAUGAUUGAGCAACAUUAGUUUUAUAUAUAUCUAUAUUUUGGGUUUUUUAAGGAAAAAGCUGCUGACUCUCCCAUUAAUGACAACAAAAAUUAAAGUCCUAGGUAACCAAUAUAGCGUAGUUUACAUUUUACCCAAAAUAGUCAUCACUGUCUAAACUGCACACAAACACGGGCAAUUUUGACAGUGUCACCUCCUCUGCGGUAACUUGCGUCUAUGAGACGCCGUAACAAUUUGACGAAAGCCAGUAUUUGCUGCCGUGUGAAUUUCAAUACGUCACCACUGCUCGCUCUCUUUCCCUCACGGAUCAGUGUUCUUUUUAACGUAUACAUGGGAUAAAUAAAGUGGCGAUAUUGAGUGAACAUCUGAAAUUUACUCGUUAUUACAGAAAAAAAAUGUAUGGAGUAAUGUAAGAUUAGGGCUCCUGUAGGCAGGAACAUUACACAGUGUUAACUUUGAAUUUAUUGUAAAUUUGACAACAUAUUUGGGCAUAUUGUCUUGCGAGUGACAUUUCCUGCUGACGGUCAGCAGUGUUUUAUUUGCUUAGCUUACCAGGAACCUUGGCAAAAGUCAUACCAGGAGUAGCAGGUGUAGCCGGGACUGCUGAUGGAAAACUAGAAAAGUCCAGUUCAAAAGAAAGCCGAGUGGAGUGAUGCAAUAGAAAAGAGGCAAUGGAGAACCUAAGCAAUUGGUUACUGCGAGAGAAUCGUCAUGGGAGAGUAUAACCUCCUUAAAUCCAACAACCACUGAGUCUUACCCGAGUGAUAUUUUUGCAUUCUUCCUUUUUCACAGUUUCAGUAUUUCUACUUCCUUCCUGUAACUUUAGUUUUUGUAAAACCGAGUCUGAAGAAACAAGAAUUUGAGCUGAACCGUUGUGACUGCCAAACCCUGUCGUCUGACCAGACUCCAUGUUUGUCUUAAUCAUAUCAGUCUGUCCUCUCUCUCUCUCUCUCUCUCUGUGCCCCUGUGCAUGUUCUUUAUGUACGUGGAUGACUGUGCGUGGACCAAUUUUGUAACAGUUGUACAAAGCCUUGUUAAGUUAACCUGUGUAUAUAAAUGUUAUACAUAAUAUAUUAAAUUAUUUGUUUUGGAAAA